AUCAUCACCUGAUUCAAAUAAGCUCCAAAGACAUAAUGUGGGUGACAUGAAAGAUAUGAUCAGCAACUUGCCCGAUAGCAUUCUUCAUUACAUUCUUUCUUUACUCCCUACGAAAGAUGCUAUACAAACUUCCAUUUUGGCGAAAAGGUGGAAGUACUUGUGGACCGGCUUAUCUGUCUUUGAUUUUAGAAAGUAUCUGUCAAUCACUUUCAUUAACCAAAGACAGAAAUCUGUAGAUUGCGUUUUUGAUCAAGUGGACAGACUAAUUUAUCAUUCUAAUUAUGUAAGAAGGCUCAGUGUCAUGAUUGAUCCAGUUUGGGCCAUGGUUCCUGGAUUUUCCAUUGAUGCGGAUAAAGUUAAUUCUCUUAUAUCUACUGCAAUGAAGCACAACAUCGAAGAGCUUAAGCUUUUCCUACCUGUGAGGCCUCCAUUUAAUUUAUCUAAUUGUUUCUCAGCUUCUAAAUCAUUGAAUAAGCUGGUUUUACAUCUGGGUUGUGUUCUAGAUGUUUCUAGAGGCAUUCAUUUUCCUAGCCUAAAGACAUUAAAGCUUUCAUUUGUUACCUUUGCAAAUGAGAAGUCAGCUCAACAACUUUUCUCUGGGUGCCCUGUCCUACAGAAGUUAAGCUUGUGUAAUUGUAGUUGGGACAACAUUGAGCAGAUCAACAUAAAAUUUCCCACAUUAAAGACAUUAACCAUCUCUGGCGCCUGUUCUAGUCGAGGUCAUUUGCUCAAUUCUACAGUCACAAUUGAUGUUGCGAAUCUUUUAUAUUUCAGUUAUAAAAGCCAUGUGACCAUAGAAUUAGUCUUUGUCAACCUGGACUCCAUAGUUGAUGCACAUAUUGAUGUUCCUGCUCCUUCAGAAAGUCUAAUUAAACUAUUGAGUGGACUUGGUAAUAUCAAAUCUCUUAGACUAUCAAAUGAUAUGGUUGAGUGUUUUUCCUAUGACUUCCAUCUCCUUCCAAUGUUCAACAAUUUGACACAUCUUAAUGUGGAUUUGGGAAAUUUUAUGUUCACUGAAGAAGCUAUAAUGGACAUUCUCCAAAAGACCCCUAAAUUGGAAGUUCUUAAUAUUCCUAUGGGAUUUUACCCAGACAUCUGCUUGGAUGGUGAAGACUGGAUAUUGAACUCAGUACCUUCUUGUUUCAAAAAUAGUCUCAAAUUAUUUUCUAUUUCAAAUUUUGAUGGGGGUGAAGCUGAAAUCCAGUUGCUAAAGUUUUUAUUAGAAAAUGCCACAGUUUUGUCAGAAAUCCGGAUAUUCUGUUCGAAAAUAUUAUCUGCUGAUUUGAAGAAGCAGGCUGAGAUCAGCAAUCAGUUGCAACCUGUAGGCCUGGGAAGUUGUGUCAUUAAGUUGUAUCAGGAAUCAGCAAUGGAGAAGAUCGUGGGAGAUAAACAGAUUACUUAUACAGAAAAGUAUUUGCUUUUGGCAGGCUUGCAGGAUUAUUAGGCGUCUUUUUAACGCGAGCUAGGAAGGUAUGUAUCACCCAGUUUUUAAUUAAAAUAAUAUUGGUAUUUUAUUUUAAUUAAGAUUAUAUCGUAUGGUGGUUUAUUAGGCGAUAUAAUAAUCCCUUAAUGAAAUAAAAUAAUUUAUGUGAUGUUGGGUGUGUUUUAUGAAAUGGAAGAGAGUUAGAGGGUGAAAGUUAGGAUUAAAAAUAGAGACAAGGACCAGGAGAGAUUUUGGGGUUUUUAGUUUAGCCCUUGAGGAAUUAGGUUUAGUUGGCUAAUUAGGGAUGGGGGCAGCAACUGCUGUCACGUAAAAAGAAAAGAAAAAAAAAGAGGAAGCUGCGGUUCGCGUGAAAGAAGAAGAAGAAGAAGGGAGGAGAGUGUAAGAUCAAGUUUUGAUCGUGUAGUACAACUCUAUGUUUUGAUGAUUACAUGUUAACUAUUGUGAAUGAACAAUUAGGGUACUCUAACGUU